CGCAGGCAGAGAAAGCAGCUGGCUGUCAGUAACAGGGAUAAGAGAAACAGAGGAAGGAUAUACCCGUUGAGAAUCAAAAAUGCAAUGGGAGCUGGUAUGAAAGGACAAUGACAGAAAAAAAAAAGGACAGAGAAAACAGAAAGUUCUUCAACACCGCUGGAGAAAAGUUCUUCUCAAGUAGAAUCACAGAGGAAGACCGAUCUCUUCAACUUACAGUUAUAUAGUCGCGAGAGAGAUGCUGUUGUCAUUCUUGCCUGGUGUCUGGAGGCAAUCAAGGUCUUGUUGGGAGCGAGCACACUGAAGCUGAACCCAACAUGAUAUAGACCUGGUCUUGGGAAGCCUUGAGAAGGGGAAGGGACCAAUUAAAUGUUAAGUGCUGCAAGGUGUGGACUGAGAACAGCAGAAUGUCCUUCAAAGAGUUUCAGAAGGAGCUCAAUGCUAUUGGUUACAAAUUAUGGCUUAAACUCCAGAGACUACCCAAAGCUGACCCACUGGAGAUCGUCUGUUUUUUUAUUAUUAUCUUAUUCAUUGUUACGAUGCUUUCAAUGAUGAUCAUAGCUUGCAGCUUUUGCUGCAGCUGCUUUUACAAUGGAAAACCAAAAGAGAAGGCCAAAAGGAGUGAGGUUCAGCCUGCAGAUGAUUUAUAAAACUGAACUGAAAAAAGAACACUGAAGUUGGGGAAAGACUUGGAAUGACUCCAACAUGGCAUACCAACCCAUGGAACAUAAUGGUAAAUGAGGAGAUAAAAUAAGAGACAGAGAGAGAGAGAAGGAAAAAGAGAUUGAACCUGAACACAGGACUCUGUUUUACGACAAGGCUUUUGAUAUGUUGAAAAUGCACCACUUGCAAUAUUUUUCUCUCUCAACCUAUCAAGGCAAUACAAUUUUUAAAAUUCCACAAAAUUCCAAGUGUAAAAUCUGGGCAAACAUGCAGAGGAAAAUUACACCAGAUUUCAUUUCCACAUUACAGCUGAGGAAGCCCCAGAGAGAUCAAGAUAUGUGCAAGCAUUCAGCAGAAUGAAGUCUGCUCAACCAUUUAAAGCUAAGUUAACCAGAGACACGAUAGCUAAGCAAGUCAUUCAUUCAGAAAACAUGCAGGCUUGACGCUGACAAACGAGUUCAGAGACAGCAAAGAAAAGCAGCAACAAAUUCUCUAUUCUUCCUUCCCUACUAAAUAAAAGAAUAAACAACUGUCAAAGAGAGGACAUAUGCUGUAGCUGCUGUAUACCCAAGGAAAGCCGAAAGGAUACGAUAAUGCUCACAAUGCUGUAUUAUUUCUUGUCUGUAAAAA